CAAAUGAUAUUCUUUUAUCCUGUGUGUAUAGCAGAUUGUUGCUGUUGCAUUGUCUGAGGAGACAUUGCCAAGAUGAGCGGGAACACACGGGAUAACACCACUGGCAACCUGACCAGUCUGGCCAGCUUUCACAGUAUGACAGACCACACAGAAUGGAUGUCAGAGCUUGAUAGGCAUGGUAACAAACCCAAUGAAUGGCUCGCUUACCUCUCCCUGGUAGAAUCACACACCUUACAUGCAGAGGAGACCAGUCGCUACAGGUUCCUGAGUCUCGCCUACAACCGUGCCACUAAGCAGAUCCCCAUCGACAAGUACCGCGACGACCCGGCCUACGCCAGGAUCUUCAUCAAGCUUGCUCACCUCAAAGCUACCCGUGAUGUGGAUGACGGACGCUUGAUGUUCAAGUUUGCCCGGGCCAAUGUCAGAAAGCAAGCCAUUGUUCAUCUGGAGGCUGCAAAGUUUGAAGAAACCCAUGGUGAUGUUAAGAAAUGUCUGAGUAUCCUGGAGAAGGGUCUGAAAGUGACCUCUGACCCGAAGCUGACCGAGGCCAUUCACCGGGUCAAGAACGGACUUCCCAUUCUCAUUGAUUCACAAGAAGCUAUGGACUCCCAUGAUGGGCCACAAAUGAUGAAUGUUGUCACACCAGCCUUGGUUCAACCCUCUCACAUUGAACCGGAAGAAAAGAAAUCCAGUCAUGUGCCUUGUACUAUGGAGUAUGUGGACACUACUGUUAGUUUCAGAAGACCAGAGGUUGGAUCAAGGAUUCCAUCCCAGCACAAGUGUGAGAGUAGUGAUCAUGAAGGUGAUACAAUGCCUAUAAAUGCUGGAAGGUACUCUGGCCUUCAGACUCCAGAUGUUCAGAACAAGAUGAGUGUGUUUGGAAGUAGCAGGCGCAAGAGGGGUAACAUUGGUAUGCCCAUGAGAGUCAGUAGAACCAGUCUUCCACAGCUCAAGAAGGAGUCAUCCAAAGACGACGACGAUGAUGAUGAUGACGACGACGAUGACAUCAGACCCCUGAAGAGCAGCCCACCGGAAGUGAAACCUGGACCGCUAGCACCGAUCACAGAGAAGACCAAUGAGAGCGAUUCAGGCGUCCAGACGACGCCUCGUGAUAUCACCCAGCAAGAGAGGAAUCCUUUCCCCUUCAUAGGAAGGACCAUGGAGACACCCGCAGAAUCUACGGUGCCCGGACAAUGGGCAAACCUCAUGAAAAGACAAGAACCUGCAAUGCCUGUUCAACAAGUGGGCUAUGAUCAAAUGCCACUUCAGCCACAAUGGCAACAGCAGCCUCAACAGCAACCACUUCCUCCACCAAUGGGCAUGCCACAUGUGGAUAUGCAACAGUUUCAGCCACUCCAGCAACGUCUUUUCCAGCAACCUGCUCCUGUUGUCAUGCAGCCCAACCUACAAUAUUCAGCACCACAGAUGGUGGCCCCAGCCCCCCAACCCAAGUCUAAGAACAUAAUACAGGUCAAUGGGAAAGGAUACUCCAUCAUUAGACUCAUUGGCAAAGGUGGCUCAUCGAAGGUUUUCCAGGUUCUCAGCGAAGAUAGUAAGAAGAUAUUGGCCUUGAAGUACGUGAAGCUGGACUUUGCUGACGAGAUGGCUAUUCAGAGUUACAUGAAUGAGAUCACUCUACUUGAAAGACUCAAAUCAUUCAAAAGGAUUAUCCACCUCUAUGAUUAUGAGAUAACAGAGGACUACAUCUACCUGGUCAUGGAAUGCGGUUCCAUUGAUCUGGCUACCUUCUUGAAGAAAAACAAAGAUAGCUUUUCUGAUCAUAUGUGGGGAUACUGGAAAGAGAUGCUGGAAGCUGUUGAUGUCAUUCACAAACAAGGCAUCGUCCACAGCGAUCUGAAACCCGCCAACUUCAUCUUUGUUGAAGCCAGCCUGAAGCUGAUAGACUUUGGUAUAGCCAAUGCCAUUCAGAAUGACCACACCAGCUUGAUAAAGGAAUCCCAGGUUGGGACGCUCAACUACAUGUCACCGGAGGCCAUUCAGGACACGUCGCCGGUCACAGAGGUCAACGAGUACGGUCACAAGAAACCAAGACUCAAGAUCAACUGUAAAAGUGAUGUAUGGUCAUUGGGUUGUAUCCUAUACUCCAUGGUCUAUGGACGCACACCGUUCCAGCACAUAGUUCACCGGCUCCUCAAGAUGCAAGCCAUCUGUAAUCCAGAUCAUGUCAUUGACUUCCCGCCCAUUGAAAACGAGCUACUCCUUGAUGUGAUGAAGAAAUGCCUUACAAGAGAUGUAAAGAAAAGGCCUUCAAUCGAGGAGCUGCUCAAUCAUCCAUACCUGAAGAAACCAUUCACUGCAGAGAAGCCAGCAGCAAGCCUAACCACAGAGCAUAUUAGUGCUCUAGUCUCUCAGCUUAGCCAGAGUCAAAUCAACUCACCUAGAAGUAUAGCAAGACUAGCACAGGGUGUGGUGGAACAGAUCAGUAGAGGGCAGCAGAUAGAUGUAUCCAGUGCGGUGAAGGGCAGUGAGCAGCAGCAGCAGAUUCCACCAGCUCAUCAGCAGUACCAGUAUUCAAACCAGCCACACCCCCACCAGCAUGGGCAGGCCUCGGGACUUGAUGGGGGCUAUCGGUCCCAGCGCGCUCCUCUUCGGGUUAUCAACUCAUCAGAUGUAGCAUCACAUCACUCCCUUCUCAAACCUCUGUCUCAAGCGCCCAAGUAUGAUAUCGGAUCAUUUCAAGAAAAUAACCAGAUGAACACCUGAGUGGAACUUCUGUCUUUUCAACACAAUAGAUGAUUUCAAGUAUGGUGGUGUCCUAAUGGUGUUGAUGUUAGCCAUCUUUUAUAUCAACACAGCACCAAACUUACAGUAUUGUGAAGCUGAUGCUGCGACUGAUCUCCAUCAACAUUGUAAUACGGAUCAUAUUGUAAACUCAAAGUGGGCGUUUUGAAGGCAAUCUAAAUUGUGGAACACUGACACUAACACAGAUAUUGGAAACAGCCAAAAGGAUGGUGGGCCAUGAUCACUGCCUUCAAGGGCAGAAGCUAUAUCUUUAAUGUUUGGAGAAACUAUUAGCCCAGGAGCCCGUCUUACAAAGAGUUACAAAUGAUCUAAUCAAUUGUAACUCUAUGGUAAACCAUCAGUGUCAUAAUUUUUUCUACAGGAAAUUUGCACAAUGUCCUUUGUAAACAAAGAGAAGCACAGGGAAUUUUCAAGAAAAGAAUGAAUGCAUGAAUAUACACCAUAGCUAGAAAAAUAUUUUGAACAAACAUGCAUAUUAGAUGUUGAUGUUGCUGGCCGUCCAUAGUUGCGUUUGAUCGGAUCAAUCGCAGCUCUUUGUAAGACAGGGCCCUGAUGAGUUCAUUGCUUUCAUUUCAAUUGCACUUCCUAAUAUAUUUGAAUGGCAGAGAGAAACAAUGACUUGUACAUUAUAUAUGCUCGAUACAUAUUUGACUGUUUGGUGAACAGCUACAGGUAAUAACAGGUUUUCUGAAACAGGGCUCCUGGUAGGCACUUCAUAAAGCAAUUUUUAAGUUACGAGCGACUUUACAAACAACUGUUGAUCCUUUGUUAGGGGUAUAAUACCAAUGAAAUUUUGGUGCAAAUAAAUUACCACAAGGUUGGAUUACCAGUCGUUCAUAGAGUCACUCCUAACUUAUGUACAGCUUGCGAAACACCAACCCGGUUUUAUGGAUCUGGUUGUAUGCGGCUUGCAUCUUUACAUAAUUCUGGAAGGCAGUGUAAUGCUAAAUUGCAAUAGUUUUUGACCAGAGAACACUCUGCAAAGUGACUGGGUGAUUUUAAAGUUUAGUGUUGACCUUCUGGUGUUAGUGUUUACCAAUUUUACACCAGCACAGCACCAAACAUAAAAUGAAGUUGGUCCUGGGACAAAUCUCACCCGGCUUUGAGUUAUAACUCUCAUCUUUGGUCCGUUUCUUAAGAGUUGAAAGCUACUGAAGUAAUUUGAUUUGAUUGGCUGAUAGUGAACUUGUUAAAUAAAGUAUGCAUUUUUAAAAUAUAAUAAGUCAUUGUGAAAUUGGACCAGGGAAGGCAGUCUAAGACACAAUUCUCACCACCGUCCUAAAACUAGUUAAACACAUAAGAACGGUCAAUGCAGUCUUGGAAGCGAUCUCCCAAACCAGUUUUGAAAACCACCUGGCGAUGUAAUUUUAAGAUUGCUUUGCCUCGUUAAACUGGUUUUAGUGUGAGGACUUAACUGUUCUUUGAGAAGCGAUCUUCGCAGUUUGAGCGCGCUUCUCCACACACUGUCUGUAGAAUGUCUACGCUGUGGUUUCUAAUUUCGUGCAAAACAUGUCACCCCCAUUGGGAGCAUUCCCAUAGAUACAAGACCACUUUCCAUGAAGUGGUUUUAAAAACAACUUUCAGCUGAUCAAAUGGGAACGGUAGCAAAGCGAUCUUUCCUGAACUGGUUUCUAGUAAUCUAGUUUUAGAAAGUAUAAUGAGAACGGUGUCUUAAUUGUGCUUCCAAGUUCCGACACCAACACUAGCGCAACAUUAACACUAAACCUGGAAUCGCCCUUUGUCAUUGUGCGCCCAUGCAGUGUCUUUGUUUAUUUGAACCAUGUUCAGCUAUUUAAGAAUGUUCAGUUAUGUGUUUAUUCAUUUAGAAAUAUAUGACUUACCAGUAACAAUAAUUUGGACUAACCAAACAGACAAUGUUAAUGGGAAAAAAUGUAUGGAACAGUAGAGUACCACUCUCUUAUAGAGUUGUAUCUUAGCAAGAAAUCAACAUGCACCUUGCCUAUUAUAUGCAAUGUAGUUUACUGAAUAUCUACAAGCAUAUCAUUCUUAAAUUAAACAACAAUAUGAAUAUACUAGUAUAUGGGAGCAAAUAUUAAUGGUCAUUUAGAAGGAAAUGGAGUGCAUCAUGGCCCGUAAAAGUAAUGGCAGUUUCAAUCGUACUAUGGUUCAAAACCAUUGACUAUGCAGAUUUGUGUACAUAUUUGCGCUGAGUUCAUUGCAUACACUAAGAACAGUCCGAUGAUAAAUGCAUGUAUGGAUAUGUGGGACUCCAACUCCAACCAAUACUUGUAAAAAAAGAACCAACUAAGACAUAAAUUGAUUGAAAACAAUUUGGUCUUCAAAAUGCAUUUUUAAAAAUUGGCUUAUCUGAAAGACUAACUCUUCUUGACUUCUUCUUUAUACUGUUAAAAUUUUAAGUUGUAAAGUUGAACAAAAGACAAGAUACAGAGUUUCUUUGACACAAAUUUUUGCAGACUGCUUGGAAUUUUAAGAUUUAAGUGUGUGCACAUCUGAUGCUUUUAUAGUGAACCCAUACUUCAAAUGUUUUUUUCUUCUAAUUCUGUGAAGCUCUCUUCUGCAUUCAAUCAAGUAAUAGAGUGUUGAUCAAUUUUGACAUAUGGACAUAACUUUAAAGCUUUGGAUGUGCUUUUCCAAACUCAACAUUAAAAAAACGAUUAUUUCGGGUGACUAACUGUUGAUUUAGGGGUGGCUGGUUACCUAUAUACUUACAAAUCCUACACUUUUUUUUCUGGCUACUUGUUUCAAAUUUGUCGAUGAUGUUAUUGAAGCAAGUCAUUUUGGAUGCUCCAACAAAAUUCACAAUAAAUGUUUAUCUGGGUGAAGCUCAUACAACAAUGUUAAUUGAUUGCAGCCUAGUUGAAAAAACAAUGAAAUAAUAAUUAUGAAAAUAACUAUUGGUAGUAUUUAUUGCAUACAGGAAUCCAUUAUGACUGAUUAUAUUUCACUGUAAAUGAAGGUUAACGGAGAUUAACAGAGGGAGUAACCGAGCCAAGAACACCUUCCAACAAUGAAGAAAUUUCAUCAAAAUGGAUAUGCAACAAGAAAGUUACAGUAUUUAUCACCGUUUCAUUAUGGAGACAUGGUAAGACAUGAAAUGUAUGUAAAUUAUUUAGCCAAGCAAGUCAUGAGAUUUUGACUUUAGCUUAUUGUUUUGUUAAUGUUAUGUAUAUCACCGUUAUCAUAAAACAGUGCAUGUAAAUAUUUGUAACUUUCUUAUUUCACAUCCAAUUUUGAUGUUUUCAGUAUUUACUACCUUUAAUUUCACUUUAUUAAUUUUACCCAAUUCAGGAUUUAUUGAAGUUAGCCCUUGAAUAUUAGGUACACAUGCACUCAUUUUUAUGUAACAACUACCUGCAAAAAGCAGCAAACAUAGUACAAAUACGCCCAUAUGCUUUUGUUGCAGCAUUUUUGCGGGUAAACUAUACUGCCGUACUUUGGCAAAAGGAAGCAAGUUACUUAUAAUUUUUUGUAAAUGAGCAAUGUGUGUUUUGUCAUUUACAUAGGUGUCAAUGCAAUUUAACAGCAUAUUUUCUUCAAUAUCUUUCCAUAGAACAAUCAUUUCUUCCCCAAAUUUUGCCUGAACGUGCAACAUUACAAAAGGUGUUUCAGAAACAACAAUAACUCAAAAUUUUGACUGAUGUGUCACUUGCUUCCUUUUACCAAAGUUGGGCAGAAUACAUGCUUUAUGCAGUCAUUAUAAUAUCUCCUUCAAUUUUGUUAAACAAACCAACAUACAAUUUGCCUGACAAGUUGUCAGUCUGUCUUUAGCAACCUUUAGGAUUGACCCGCAAGACAUAUUUGUCGGAUAUGAUGGAUACUGCUUGAUUGCCAUGGUGUUACUGUAAUAUUGUGUUGGCCUACAUAGACAGGAAAUAGAGUAUUAUCUUUCUGAAAGUACUUCCUAAAUAGAAAUUGAAAAAUAAUAAACAAAUUAUAUCAUGUAUCUGUAACAAAAUGUAAUUACAUGUAUACAAUUUGUAAAAUAUAUAUAUAAGCUUACUACCGAAAUAUCAC